UCGUAGUUGGAACGGGACGAGGACGAGAGUCGAGCGGAGCCGAAAGCCGGCGUGGAAGGCGAACGGAAACGAAGCGGAGUGGAUCGGACUUAGAGCCGGGAUCAGCCGUCGGGCAGGCGGCCGAGGCCGAGGCGGAGUCGCUGUGAUGCCAGGCGGCCGGCGGGCGAAACUCGGUCCCGAGCUGGCUCGCCUCGUCCGCCGGGGAGGGGGCGAUGCAGUACGCGGCCACCCGAAACAACGACACAGCUCACAGCUCGCACCACGCAACACGACCGUUCACCGCACUCCGCCGCAUCGGCCACAGCGGACGAAUUCUCUCGAGAUUUCAUCGAUACGGAUACACGACCGCUAGAAAGGACUCUCCAACUCCUCUACGAAAAUAAACGUUCGACAAUGGGUUCAAAUUCUCAGUUGAAACCCGAGACGAAAUCUAAACUGAAAUCAGUCGACACAUCAAGCAAGCAGUCAUUAAAACAUGCGACAAGUUCUCCUUUGAAUCGCAGCAAAAAAUCAUCGCACAGUAACGACGAUUCUCCCCCUGUGAAAAAAUUCAAGCAGGAAUUGGCGCAGCGUCAUUUUAACGCUUCAGACGAUAGCGAUUCUGAAAAAGAAUUACAGAUCGACAAUUCUUUACAUCUUAAAAUGGACAUGUCCAGCGCAGACUCGGACAUCUCCAAUGAUUCAAUACUUUUGGAAAAUUUAAAAAAGAAUACCUCAACUCCUAAACAAGCCGUUUCAUUUUCCCGUGAUAAAUCUAAUAAGAAACACAAGGAAAAAAUAUAUUCCUCUUCAGAAAAUGAAGAAGACGUAAAAACAAAUGAAGUUCCAAUUGCAGAAGUGCCUAAACCUGAAGCAGAUGAUAUUUAUUUUGAUGGUUGGACCAAAGCUGAUGUUGCUGAAUUAAUAAGGAAAAUAGAUGCCGUCGUUUCAAACAAAGACACCUUAAAAUAUUCUUCGAGGGUUGAAAAACUACCAUGGGAUCAAAUAAAAUUUGGCACUUACACUGCAGCGGAUUGUAAAGAAAAAUGGAAAUCCAUCGAGAAGAAAAUACGAGGCUACAGAAUAUUAAAAGAAAUCCUCGAAGACGCUAAAGUAUGGAUUGACCAACCAUGGAUAGAUUUUUAUAGAGGGGGCAAGAAAAAAAACAGACACCCAGAAAUGCCAAAGAAGCCAUUAACGUCGUAUAUGUUAUUUUAUAUGGCUAAAAAGGCAAAAAUAGCAGAAGAACACCCUGGCUUAGGAAUGACACAGCUUUCAAAAGUUAUAGCUGAAAAGUUCAAUUCGUUGCCCGAAAAGAAGAAAGCCAAAUAUCACAAGAAAGCUCUUUCAAUGAGGCAAGAAUAUCAGGAGAAAUUACAAAAAUUCUAUUUAGACCAUCCAGCCGAAGAGUUGAAACUGGCCAAAACAAAGAAAGCAAAAGCCCAAGCUGGCCCAUUGAAACCAGUCCCUCCAAUAAAACUCUAUGUUGAUAGUAAAUUAAAAGCUCAUGAGAAUGAAAAAGAUGCUAAUAUUCCCAAAUUGAGGUUGGAAUAUAAAGAAAAAUGGAAGACUCUGAGUAGAAAAAAGAAAAUCCCAUUUAUAAGAUGGGCAUAUGAAGCUGAAGCGAAGUAUUUAGAUGAUCUAAAAGCAUACGCAGCUGUAAACCCCAAUGCAGAGCUGCGCCAGUUCAAAUCAGUACUUUCGAAAGAAGAGAAAAGCAUAUACCAAAGAAUGGAAGGCAAACCAGAAAAGCCUCCAAGCUCAGCAUACAGCCUCUUUUCAAAGCUGAAACUUAAGGAUGAAAAUUUAAAAAUGAAAUACCCGACACCGAAAGAAAGGCUGCAAGAGAUCGCCAGGUUAUGGAAGAAUGUUCCCAAAAUUGAAAAAGACGCCUAUGCCGCAAAGCUCAAAUGUCUCUUGGAAAAUUACAAAUUGGAAUAUGCAUCGUACUUGGAAUCCUUGCCAGAGGACCGACGAGAAGAAGAACUAGCGAGUAAUCUACCUAAAAAGAAGGCUAAACCAGAAACGGAGGCAAAAAAUAAAAUCAAUACUCUCUUUGCCAAGUCUAAACAAAAGCCACAGAAAAACCUUAAAGAGGCUGUUUUAGCGAAAGAACCUGCUCAACCACCACAAGAUUCUUACCAAGUGUUCCACGCAGAUAUGAUCAAGAUGGGCUAUCCUGAAAAGAAUAUUGUCAAAACUUGGAAUUCGAUGAAGGAUUCUGAAAAAGACCAGUACAGAGUGAAGUUAGAACAGUUGAAGCAAAAAUACAUUUUAGACUACAAACAAUUCUUAUCUAACCUGACAACUGAAGAGUUGAUGAUCUAUUCAGAGACUAAAAAAAAUCGGCAGGACAAUGAUGCUUUAAGUGAAGAAGAAGAAGACAGUUCAGAUGAUGAAGAAGAGGUUAAAAAAGACAAAGCGCCUUCCUCAUCUUCAACUUCUGACUCGUCAUCCUCUUCUGAUUCUUCAGAUUCUUCUUCUUCAGAGGAAGACAAUUUGAGUGAUGCAUUUUAACGUUGUUUUCUGAAAAUGACCUUUAUAUAUAUAACAACAAAGACUGUUAUUUUGUAUACAUUGUUGUAUUUUGUACACAUGUUUGUCAUUGAUGUUUGCCCAGAAUAUUCAUUUUAUCGUUUUUUCUUAACGUGAUCUGUCUUAAUUGUCAUUGACAGAAAAAUAAAUUUAAAAAGUGCAUUAUGGUAAACAUUGAAAACCUGUUAAAAUCCAAAAAUUUGUAAAUAGUUUUUUUUUUAUUGAAUAGUUAAUGAUAUGAUAACUUCUCAAGAAACAAUUGUAUAAAGUUAUAUUUUUUAAAACAUAAAUACAGUAAGUGUACCUUA